UCUCGCUGUCAGUUCUGUCACUUUAGUGCGAGCGAGUCCGUGGAAAAAAUCUUUAACUUGCAAAAAUGGCGUCGAACUUUUGUGUGAAAUUUCUUCUGCCCGCAGCACGACGCAGUGUCACCUACACACCUGUUCGCUUCUGCAAAAUGAUGAAUGACCCGCUGGAGCACGCGACAGGCAUUGAAAAGCGAGAGUUAUUGGCAAAGGCGGCAGGCAAUGAAAAUCCCUUCGACAUGAGGGUGUUCAAAAGGGGCGCUGGCACCAAGGAUCAGCCCAAUUUGAUCCCAUCGGCUUUCGAUGCCCGUCUCGUAGGUUGCAUAUGUGAAGAAGAUCAGACAUUCGUGCAGUGGAUGUGGGUCUAUCAGGGGGAACCAAAGCGUUGUGAAUGUGGACAUUGGUUUAAAUUAGUAGAGAAGGCUCCCGUAUAAUUUCAUCCAUCCGGGAAGUAAUGUAUUUCAAAAGAUUUUCAUCAGAGAGAGAGAAAGAGAGAAAAUUAGUCACUGUCAAUAACGAGUAUGUUAAAUGAAAAUGCCGAUAAAUUGAUUAAAAACUA